AUGGUAGCAGAUAUGAGCUGUCUUGGAAAGAGUUCAGAUCUGAGGUUGAUACUAUAUACCAAGAAAAUCAACAUGAUUUUAUCUGAUGAGGAGAUAAAUGGAAUUAAAGAUCUUAUUGGUUCUGCCAUUUUGGAUUCAGAAGUUCAGGGCGGCUUGAGAUGGCCCAUUGGCAAGGAUUCUUCAGGUGGUCAAUAUGCUGUUAUUGGUAUCGGUCACACAACUGCAAAAUCAUAUAGAAAUUCAUCAAUUAGAUUUAAGCUUUGGCAUGCAGAUCGAUUUGAUUUCAAAUCUUCAGCUGGUGAGGAUACACAGGAGAUUUUCCUGAAAAUGCCUGGAAUUAUAUCAGAGUUACGAAAGCAAACAAUGGACGAAGAUCUGAUGUUUGAAAUGCUGGAAAACAACUUGAAGUUAAUCUGGGAUCUUUGUUUGUUUGAUGGUUCUUCAUGCUGA